AUGCAGAAGAUUAUAAGCAUUAUAAAUAUUGGAUAUCUCAAAUUAUCUGGAAAAAGAAAUCUGUGGAUAUACCAAAUAAACGAUCCUGGAUUAAAUAUAUAUGAGUACAUGCUCGAUGUAAAACUAUUUUUUCUGGCUACGGACGCGUGGUUGCUCUCUAACGACGAGCUUGAAGAAUCUGACAUCGUUAUUAUGGACGUGAAGGAUAUAUCACUAAAGUUUCUCACAAAAUUCAACAUGUCUGUCGCAAAAAAAAUAGCUAAAUAUCAGCAAGAGGUGGUACCGACAAGGCUUAAACAAGUGCAUAUAGUAAAUACGCCAGUAGUAGUGGACACAAUCUACGGUGUUAUGAAACCGUUUUUAAAAAAGGAAUUAACCGAAAUGAUUUAUUUUCAUCAGCCAAAAUCUCAGACCCUAUAUAAAUAUCUAGAUAAAGAAGAUUUGCCAGAAGACUACGGUGGAACGCGUCCUAAAAUGGAGGAAUUGAAUAAGAGCAUCGUGGAACUUCUAAUGAAAUACAGGGAGCGUUUAAAUGAGAAACUUUGGGUCGCGCUUGACAAGAAAUCAAAGAACAAAAGUAAUGAAGAAAAAAGUAGUACAGAAUCUUCUACAUUCCGGUCUCUUGGCAUAGAUUAG